AUGAGGUCGGUCCUCGCAAGGCGUCGUAUUUUGCCACUUUCAGUCUUUCCAAAAACCCAUUAUCGAGCCCUAUCGACUACCACCACCUUUCGUAUAACGAGACGCAGCUCGGAAUUUAAUUCGGGCUUUACGAGUAGCUAUGAUCCAAGCGAAGAAGGGCGUGGCCCUAUGUUUUCGAAGAAUACCUUCGGAGUACCUCAAUUCUACCCCCGAGACCUUAAGAAACGAGUCGACGAAUAUGUAGUCGGGCAAGAUCGGGCAAAGAAGACCAUAUCUUCCGUCAUCUUUAACCAUUACCAGAAUGUACGGAGGCGGCAACAUCAAGAGGAACAGGAGAGAAAGAGAGACGAGAAGCUCAUGCGGCAGGCUAUUGCUCGCGAUCGUAAUGCGAGGGAGAGGGAACCGAAUUCUGUUGAAGGUUGGCAUAAUCUAGAUUCAAUGACUCGACGGUAUCGCGCUGACGAUAUAUCCGAAGAUGAGUAUCCGGGCCAAUAUGAUGCUAUGCAGAACAUACAUCAGGAAUGGCAACAUGUUGAGCAGAAAGUUGAUUUCUAUAUACCCGAAGAUGCUAGUCGAACACCGGCUGUAAAGAUUGAUAAAAGUAAUUUGCUAUUAUUAGGCCCAACUGGUGUUGGGAAAACCUACAUACUUGAAACAUUAAGCAAGAAGAUUAGCGUCCCCUUUACGAUCUGCGACUGCAACUCCUUCACCCAAGCCGGUUACAUAGGCCAAGAUGUUGAGACAUGUAUUGAAAGAUUGUUAAUAGAGUCCAACUACGACGUGAGAGCUACGGAGCAAGGGAUAGUAGUCCUCGACGAAUUUGACAAAAUUGCUAAACGCGAGACAAUAAAUGGGAGAGAUGUAGGUGGCGAGGGUGUACAGCAGGCGUUGUUAAAGCUAGUUGAAGGAACCAAGGUUACUAUCAAUGUCAAGGACAAUCGCUCGUCAUCUUCAUCGCGUUCGGCAAGCCCAAUCACUACUAAUUAUACCGGCCCGGGAUCCUCAAAUUCUACUUCGGGACCUCAACCGACGCUACCUGCUGCUGGAAAGGUGGAUCAAUAUACCAUCGACACGAGCAACAUAUUGUUCGUCAUGUGCGGAGCUUUCGUCGGUCUCGAUAAGGUGAUACUGAACCGAGUAUCCAAGUCCAGUAUGGGCUUCGGUUCCGAGCUCCGUAGUCGGCCUACCUCCGGAAGCAAAGCGGACCUACCACCGGCAUUAUUCAAUCAUCUUCCCCACCGCCUUCCGAACGGUGAGGAUACCGCGACCCUAACAGCGUUAGACCUCGCGACGUCUGAGGACCUACAAGGUUUCGGGUUCAUCCCCGAACUAAUCGGACGUGUGCACAACAUUGUGGCAUUAUCCCCGCUGUCGCGAUCAGAUCUUCUCAGAAUUCUAACAGAACCGCGCAACUCGCUAGUCGCGCAGUACACAGCACUAUUUGAAACAUACCCUUCGAACCUCUUCUUUACCCAGAAAGCAUUGCAAGCCAUCGCGGAACGCGCAGAAAAAGCGCAAACGGGUGCGCGAGGUCUCAAGAUGGAGAUGGAGCGCGUGUUGGCUGAGGCUAUGUUCGACGCGCCUACGCACUACGUACUAGUCACUGAGAAAGCCGUUCGCGGCGAAGAGAAAGUCGGCUACUGGGGUAAAGACGGUCGGCUUGAAGUUGAGAGGCUGAUACGUGAAGAAGAUGGCUUGGCCGGUGUCCCGGGGCAAGAAGCUCACGGUAGGGAGAUCGUAAGCAGUCUCGGCGACUAUCGGGAAGCUGGUCAGAGCGGCGCUUGA